GCCGAGCACAUCUCACUUUCUUCUCACCAAAACUCUACCACAACCACAACCAUAAAAAUUGUCAGACAAGACAAAUGUCCCGCUUCAAGAACCUGGAUGGCUCAAUAGAAGCACAGACUAAAAGACCGAAAAAGCGAAAGCGCGAAGAAGCACACGACCCGUACAAAGCCAAGAAGCAAAAACUUCUCCAAGGCCGAACAGCACUUCCCAUCUGGCCCCGAGCAGAAGAAAUCCGCGAAUCAUUAUCAGGCGAGAAAGAUAUUCUGAUCUUGACUGGAGAGACCGGAAGCGGAAAAUCUACUCAAGUACCGCAAUUCUUGCUCGAGGCGAAAUGGUGUACUGGAAAAAUCGCCGUGACGCAACCGCGUCGAGUGGCGGCUAUUACUCUGGCUAGACGUGUUGCGGAGGAGAUGGGUUCGCCGUUGGGGUCUGCGAGUCCGGCGAGUAAGGUUGGGUAUAGUGUGAGGUUUGAUGAUAAUACUAGUCCUGGGACGAGGAUUAAGUAUCUCACGGAAGGAAUGCUGUUGCAGGAAUUGUUGCGGGAGCCGAAGUUGGGGCAGUAUAGUUGUGUGGUUGUUGAUGAGGUGCAUGAGAGGUCGGUGGACGUGGAUCUGAUUUUGGGAUUUCUGAAACAGUUGGUGAGGGAGAGGAGGGAGAAGGGGAAGAUUUUGAAGGUGGUGGUUAUGAGUGCUACGGCUGAUGUGGAGAGUUUGGGCGAGUUUUUCGCGAGGGGAGACGAUGAAGUCUGCGGGAAAGAUGAAAGUGACCAGGAAAAAGACGCUGAAACCAGGGGAGGAGAAGGUGCAGAGGACUCAUUCGAAGGGUUUGAAGAUGCCGAGCCUCAACAGGAGAACAAUGUCUUACCUGAUCGAAUCGCGCGAUGUCAUGUGGAAGGACGACAGUACCCCGUAAAACUGCAUUACGCGAGCGGACCGACUGAGGACGUUAUAGACGCAGCACUCCAACAAAUAUUCCAAAUACACUGCAAGGAGCCCAUGCCUGGAGACAUUCUGGUCUUCCUAACAGGACAAGAAGCGAUUACUGGCCUGCAGAGACUAGUCGAGGAGUUUGCAUCGAGUCUGACAACCGACUUUCCGAAGAUGCUCGUGCUUCCGCUCUACGCAGCCUUGCCUCAGCACGCACAGCAACGAAUAUUCGAACGAGCGCCACCGAAUACAAGGAAGGUCAUUCUUUCGACCAAUAUCGCCGAGACUUCUGUCACAGUACCUGGCGUGCGAUUUGUGAUAGACACAGGCAAGGCGAAAAUCAAACAAUUCCGGCCACGUCUCGGUAUUGAAUCCUUGCUGAUCAAGCCCAUCUCGCGAUCAUCAGCAGACCAGCGAAAAGGUCGUGCUGGCAGAGAAGCGCCUGGACAGUGCUUCAGACUGUUCACAGAAGCGGAGUACAAGUCGCUAGAACAACAAACCAAGCCAGAAAUCCUACACUGCGAUCUCACAGGCGCCGUCCUCAAAAUGAAAGCCAGAGGAAUCGAGGAUGUCUUCGGCUUCCCGUUCCUCACACCACCAUCCCAAGAAGCCAUGGGCCGCUCGCUCAUGCAACUCCACCAACUCGGCUGCAUCAACGACGCCGGCAAAAUCACAGAAAUCGGACGUAAAGUCGCUCGCCUACCACUCCCACCACCUCUCGGCCGCGUAAUCCUCGAAUCCGCCAAACCAGAACGAGACUGCCUGCUCGAAGUCAUCGACGUCGUCGCCGGUCUCGAUGUAGAAAGUAUCUGGCUCCCAGCCGAAACAGAAGAAGCCCGUGAAAAAGCCAUGGAAGCCCGCUCUCAACUCUUCUCUCGUCGAGGAGACCAUAUUACACUCUUAAACGCCAUUCGUACCUACGCAGACGAGAACUCGGAUCGGAAACGCUGGGCGACAGACCAUAUGAUUUCUCACCGUGCUAUGCAAAAUGUCAUGGAGGUGCGGAAGCAACUUCGUGUUCUCACAAAAUCUCUGCUGGAAAAACCUACUAUCCGGCAAACCGUCUCCGAAGAAUGUCAGGACGCUGUACUGAAGUGUUUCUUGAGAGGUUUCAGCGGGAAUGUGGCGAGGUUGUGUCCGGAUAAGUCGUAUAAGACUUUUGGAGGGAAGCAGCAGCAAGUUGCGAUUCAUCCUUCUUCAGUUUUGUAUGGGGUGAAGAGAGAGGCGAUUAUGUUUAACGAUUUUACGUUUACGACGAAGCCUUGGGCGAGAAAGGUUUCGGCGGUGGAGUUGAGGUGGUUGGAAGAGGUGGAGUAUCUGAUGGGUGGCGAUGGGAGCUAGAAGUAGAUUGGAUGGGAAGAAAGCAGAUAUCAUAAUUCAUACUAAGCAUAUUUUCCGUCUGCGUGGCAACUAAGUACUGUUGCUAUAAAGAUGCUGUGACCAAUGCCUAAUCACUUCCUGGAAUUCCCAAUGCAUGUCGCAACUCUAUUUGCUAUGCAAUCGAACGAUACAGAUUUCACCGUCCUUACUAGCCCAUAUGUUUCUUCUUUGCCAGUCCCCCACUUGCUUCAAAUCUCCUGCGUACACUGCGUGCAAAUGUUCGAAUUCGUAUCACAAGUCAGGACCAAACCAGGAUACACUGACCUCGUCCGGUACGAGAACAUGAAUGCCGUGGCAUCACCACUCGCGUCCUCUGCGU